CGUUACAAGCGGUCUGAUUCUUUCUCAUGGUGUUCAGUCGUUUAAGUAUCGCGAAAAUUGUCAGUGUGCUUGUUUUUGGAGGGAUUUGGCGGUUAUUUUUUUAAGAACAGAUGAAAUAAACAUUGUUUGUCUUUUUACAUACCUCGCGGUUGGACGGUUAGAAAGUGUUUUCUGUUGAUUUUUGCUGAUGUGUUUAAGUUCUACAGAGGAUCUUAAGUUACUCUCAUUGUUGAUCACCAGGGACGUGUGUUUUCAUCUGAAUCAGUGACACAGGCUGGGUUCUGAUAAACCAUCAUCUUCAAAUAUCUGUCCUUUUAGAGACAGGCAGCAUGGGAAUUCAAGGCCUGUUACAGUUUAUCAAAGAUGCCUCGGAGCCCAUCAAUGUGAAGAAGUAUCGGGGACAGACAGUGGCUGUGGACACAUACUGCUGGCUCCAUAAGGGAGCUUUUUCAUGUGCAGAGAAACUUGCAAAAGGAGAACCUACGGAUCAGUAUGUGUCUUACUGUAUGAAGUUUGUGGAUAUGCUGCUUUCUUUUGGUGUUAAGCCAAUAUUGGUGUUUGACGGACGUAACUUGCCCUCCAAACAGGAAGUGGAGAAGUCCCGGCGCGAGCGCCGACAGGCAAAUCUGCAGAAAGGCAAACAGCUGCUACGGGAGGGUAAGAUAUCAGAAGCCAGAGAAUGUUUUACCCGCAGUGUUAAUAUCACCCCAUCCAUGGCACAUGAUCUCAUUAAGACCGCCCGGGUGCGUGGAGUGGACUGUGUUGUUGCUCCGUAUGAAGCAGAUGCCCAGUUAGCUUUCCUGAACAAAUCUGGUAUCGCUCAGGCAGUGAUCACAGAGGACUCAGAUCUGCUGGCAUUUGGCUGCAAAAAGGUGAUUUUAAAGAUGGAUAAACAGGGUAAUGGACUGGAGAUUGAUCAGUGUCACCUGGGCCGUUGCAAGUCACUCGGAAACAUCUUCACAGAGGAGAAGUUCCGUUAUAUGUGCAUCCUCUCUGGCUGUGAUUAUCUGCCGUCUCUGUAUGGCAUCGGUCUGGGAAAGGCUUGCAAGCUGCUCAGGAUGGCAAAUAACCCAGAUAUUCUGAAGGUGAUAAAGAAGAUGGGUCAGUACCUGAAGAUGGACAUCACUGUGCCAGAUGAGUACAUUGAGGGUUUCACAAAAGCCAACAACACAUUUCUGUAUCAGCUGGUCUUUGACCCCUUGAAGAGGAAGGUGGUUCCUUUGAACCCUUACCCGGAUCACAUUGACCCUGCUUCCCUCAGCUAUGCUGGAACUAAUGUAGGAGAUGAGAAGGGGCUGGAAAUGGCUCUUGGUAAUCUGGACAUUAACACGAUGCAAAGGAUAGAUGACUUCAACCCUGACGCACAUUACAAAGUGCCCUCUAAAGCUGCUCGCAGUAGUUCUUGGAAUGACAGAUGUGACAGAAGUGGCCCGUUGCAAAUGAGUAUUUGGUGCAAGAACUAUGAACCAGGUAGCACCCAGCCAAAGAGUCCUACCACCCCCAAAAGACUCCCUCCAACCCGGGGCAAAGAGAGGAUCGUCAGCGUGCAGAGUCUAAAAUUGCCCGAAAAAGAGUCACAGGUGAAAAGACCUCGUGAAGACCCCAGUCUCUCUGUGGAUGACCUGUUAGGGCAGUAUUCAGCUGGUGUAAAGAGACGAUGUCCUGAAACUCCGCCCAGCACUGAGCCAAUGACCAACAAUAACAUUGUUUCUAAGGAGAAGGGACAGCACAGUGGCAACACAGUUGGAUCGUCCCGGCCUCGAAAUUGCUUUGCAACACUGUUGCAAUGGAGGAACCAAUCAGAGGAGGGCACUGGAGAGCAGGUCACAUGCAGCAGGUUCUUCUGUCAUAGUGAAUCAGAUAUGGCAGAUACACAGGAAGAGUUGCUAAAACAAGAUUUACCUCAGCCUGUGAAGUCUCUAGACAUGCGUGUCUCACUACCUGGAGGAAACACACCAGCAUUGUGUCAGGACCCUGACUCAGAGAUAGAGCAGGGCGAAGAUGAGUCGUCCAGCCCACCUGCAUCUCCGGCUCACUCCACCCGGCCUGCUAGUUUGGGUCUUGGGGUCUUUAGUUGGUCAGGAAGCAGCAGAGAACUCAGUAAAUCUGCUUCACAUCCACCCACCUCUACCACAGACAGACACCGGUCUUCCACACAUUCAGGGUUGUCCACCCUGCAGCAGUUCCACAGAAAGAAGGGCAGCUUCUCCUGGGCAGGAUCAGGGCUUUCUCUCUUGUCCUCUCCUGUAGAGGGCACCGAAGAUGCAGAGAACUCUCCCGGGUCUCCUCCGUCUCAGGACAGUGCAUACUUCUCUCAGUCCAGCAGCACCUCUGCUGGUGUGGAGGACUCCCUAGUCACGGAGGACAACUCUGAUAAAGAGAGAGAUUCAGAUGGCUCCAACGGCCCAAGCAGUUCUCCCACAGACAAGCUGAAACCUGCUCUAAACAGAACAAAGGUCUUAGGAUUGUCCCGGAAACGGCCUUGUGUACAGGGUAAAGGUGGUAAAAUUGAGACCUCCGCUCCUGCUAGGCCCAGCGGUCUGAGGAAGAAAGCGAGUGGGAAAAAGAGUAUUGUCAACAAUGAGAACAAUCCAGGCCUGCAGGCCACCAUCAGCAGCCUCUGGGGGUCCUUCAGCUUCAAAAAGGACAAUCUGAAGCUGAACACUUGCAAGAAAGGAGAGCCGAUGUCUCAAGUCAGGGAGAAUGUGAUGACAGAACUGACUGAAGCAGAUCAAGAGAUUCUCAUCAUCGCAGAAUGACGUCGUCUUUUCUUUUAAGAGUAACAGCCAGUCUUUCAAACAUACUGUGUAUGUUCGUGUUUUUGUAUGAUAAAUGAAAUAAAAUUCAUUAUAGUAAAAAUUUUAAGUCAAUAAAGACAUUAUUCUCUCUUAAUAA